GCAAAUUCUGUUGGUAUUAGAUGGGGUGACAUAUUUAAAGUUAUCGGUUUCAGUCCAGUGGACAGUAAUGUUGUUAUAAUCAGUUACAAGAACUAUAUUUGGGCAUACAAUGCUGGAACCAGAAAAUAUGAUGAGCUCUGUCAUCCAUCUUUCCUCGAUAACGAACAUUCAACUUCUGAUAUUGUCUACUUACCACUAUUUCUGAAGCCAAUGCCAACCAUACUUGCACCUCGGUCUUGAUAUUUCUUAAGAGAAACGAUGUUGGUGACCAUUUUCUCUCACUUGCAAUCUGCUUAGGCUUUGAACUGUUAAGUAUCGUUAUCAGGCUUAGUGUGGGAAAAAUAUGAAAAAGCCUUUAUAAGGCUAGCACGGUCAGAUAAAGCCUUUCGUGAGAGGUUUAUCUUCGAUAUUCCCGAUGAACCAGAAAUGGGUGUUAAUAUUGAUGCUAUUGACAGUACAGAUGUUCCCGAUGAAUAUGAAUCUACUUCAUCUAAUUCUGAUGCUCCUGAAGAACCCGUAGCUGGUCGGAAAAAAGCCAAGAAGAAAAAGCCUCGUGUGCAUGCUCCUGAAAAGUAUGAUUGGGCUAAUGCUCGAGUCCUAGUUCAGUUUUUACAGGUAUUUUUUGAAGCCACUGUUGAGUUUUCUAGUUCUACGAAUGUCACUUCGCAUACAUUUUUGGCGGAAAUUUGUGAUGUACGUGGAGAUUUAAAUGAAUGGAAAAAAGCUCAUUAUGAUCCUCACUUAAGCCAUAUGGGUGAGAAGAUGUUACUUAAAUACAACAAGUAUUGGGGUGUAGGAAGUGUGUUAGCCUCGUCAGAAUCUGUAGGUGAAACUGGUGGUAGUCCUAGUCAAGAGAGCUCUAGUUCUAGUUCUACGUUACAUAGAAAGAGAAGAUAUAAGGCCCAUAGAGAAGAUCGUAAAACCCAGUUGUCUACAAUGGAGGAUUUUGACAAAUCAUAGGUGGAAAGAUACUUAUCGGAGCAGAUUUACUCACCAACAAAAAACAAGAAAGAAGGUUCAAAGUUUGAUAUAUUGACUUGGUGGAAAAGCAAUGCUGCAAGGUUUGGUAUUCUGUCACUUAUAGCAAGAGACAUACUUGUUAUUCCCGUCUCUUCAGUUGCAACUUAAGUGAAUCUGCUUUCAGUACUGGAAAGCGAAUACUUGGUCAUUUCCGUAGUUCUUUAAGACCCCGAACUGUGGAAGCAUUGAUUCUCCUACAGAACUGGUUGAGGACGCCGAUUGAUAUGGAUCCAUCUACACUAGGAGCUGAAGAGAAGGAGGAUGACGUCUUAGAGUCAGAUUUAUUUGGUGAUCUUAGUACUUAUUCCAUCAUCGUAGAUGAUGAUUGAAGAAGAAGGUCAAUAUGAGGAGCUUUUGGUGCAGGUCAUAUAACCGUUUGAUGAGACAUGAAUAUGAGGAUCCUCUGAAGAAAAAAAAAUUAUCACACCAAGUUGGUUGAAAAAACAAUCAAUACACAGAGAAUUCUCUAUGAUCACAUUCUCUGCAUAAGAAUGGAGAAAUAGAUACAACAUUCAAUUACGACCAUCAAGUUAGUUUUAACUCGUAAACUAUCUAAUUGUUACUGUGUUAAACGGCAGAUAAAUUAAUUAUCUAACAGAAUGAAGAAGGUAGAAGAAACUUGUUCAUGGCAUAACAAUCUCAUUCAUUCUAAGACAUGUAAUGAUUAUGUUAUCCUUACC